ACUUGGAGAAGCAACAUGAAGAGAGGAGAGGUCCUGUUUGUCAUUUUCAGUGUGUUGGUCAUGUGCACCCCAAUAGCUGAUUCCAUCGUUUGUUUCACGUGUGAAGAGCAGGUCUCAAACUGGAAAUGCUUGGACGCCACCGUCUGUCCUGAGGGGGAGAAACGAUGUAUAACACUUGGUGUGGUGUCAGGAACAGGUUAUGAUUCCAAAGUGCUCAUCACAAAAUCGUGUGCCAAGAAGUGUCCCUCUGAAAAAGAUUAUCCAGAGAAGGCCCUCGGUUCUCUUUUUUGCUGUGAUUGUUCUUGGUGUAAUAUACUACCUCCAAAAUAAGUGAGACGGUCAAGACUGGAGGGCCGAGUUUGGCAUUCUUGACUGAAGCUGCAUUCCAUGAACUUAGCUAUGGUGGAUGACAGAGAACAAGUAUUUCAAUUCGUUUUCCCUUUUGCCCAGGCAUCCAACCAUAAUUGUGCCUCCCUCCUUGUCAAACUGGAUUUUCUUCUUUUAUCCUUUUAAACAAU